AUCUGGGGGAGGGGCUUGGCCAAUCCGAGGGGAGAGAGAGGGAAGUAUUUGUUGAAUGCUGUGUACUUUUAAAAAAUUUUAUCAUGUUAAUCUUUUUUUUUUAAUUAAUUAUUUUUUUGGUUGUGUUGGGUCUUCGUUGCUGGGAGCGGGUUUUCUCUAGUUGCCGCAAGCGGGGGCUACUCUUUCGUUGCAAUGGGCAGGCUUCCCAUUGCGGUGGCUUCUCUUGUUGUGGAGCAUGGGCUCCAGUGGUUGUAGCACGCGGGCUCAGUAGUUGUGGCUCACGGGCUCUAGAGCGCAGGCUCAGUAGUUGUGGCGCACGGGCUUAGUUCCUCAGCGGCAUUAGGAUCCCGGACCAGGGUUCGAACCCGUGUCCCUGCAUUGGCAGGCGGAUUCCUAACCACUGCGCCACCAGGGAAGCGUGAAUGCUAGGUACCUUUAUUUCCACGGACUAACAAGACUGCGCAUUUUGUAGAUGAGGAGACUGAGUCACAACAAAUAAUUGCUGAACUCCUUGGGGUCACAGGCGUUGAAGUGGCUUUGAGCCACCCACUCGGACCACCCUCGGCUGCAGCCUCAGGCCCCAGAUCCCUCCCACUCCAUCGGAGCCAGCCCUUGGCCCCUUCCUGCCCAGUGCCACAGGAGUCUUGAAGAACGGCGCAAACGCCCGGCCGCUGCUUGAAGAGAUGCUCGGGUAAGAGUAAGCAGGACAGCCUACAGUUGAACCAACACGGGUCUGCAGACAAGUUCCCGAAUAGGACGCGCUCGUGCGCACGCGCGGGCACGCUCAUGGGCGGGACCUCGACCUCAGGUCCCGCCCACCCGCCGUACGUUUCCUCUUCCGAGGAGAGGCGGGGCCGCAGCGCCCGCGGGAAACGCGGUCCAGGGUUGCUCGGCUGGCUACCGCGGCGGGAAUGGCAGGCUUGAGGAGUCUGGUCCUGCGGCCUUGGAUUCGAGAGCUGGUUCUAGGGUCAGAGGCACUCUCAAGCCCGCGGGCGGGGCAGCUGCUCAAGGUACUGCAGGAGGCCGAGGCCCCGGGCCCGUCCCGCGCUCCCGACACGUCUGAAGGGGCCACGCUACUUGUGUCCGACGGGACCCACAGUAUUCGAUGCUUGGUGACGCGGGAGGCUCUGAACGCCUCGGACUGGGAGGAGAAGGAGUUCGGCUUUCGAGGGGCAGAAGGCCGGCUGCUGCUACUGCAAAACUGCGGGGUCCGCGUCCAAGUCGCCGAGGGAGGCGCGCCCGCGGAGUUCUACCUCCAGGUGGACCGCUUCAGCCUGCUGCCCACGGAGCAGCCCCGGGAACGGGUGACUGGUUGCAACCAGGACCCGGAUGUUCAGAAAAAGCUCUAUGACUGCUUGGAGGAGCACCUUUCAGAGUCCACCUCCCCCAGUGCAGACCUUUCACUGUCCCAACUUCUGGAUGAGGUAGAGGAGGACCAGGAGCAUCGGGGGGCGCUAGUGAGCCUGGCUGAGAGCUGUCUGAUGCUGGCAGGCCCUUGCACAGCACCCCCCCUCACCCGCUGGGCAGCCUCACGCUGCAGAGCCACGGGAGAAGCUGUGUACUCCGUCCCCAGCCUAUGGCUGCACAUCUCUGAGAAUGACCAGCAAAUCCUGAGCUCUCUGGGCCCAGGUCAGAGGGCACAGGGCCCUGAGCUACCCCCACCACACCCGGAUCUACAGGACCUAUCGCUGACUCUCAUCUCCUCUCCUCCUUCCUCACCCAGUUCCUCAGGAACCCCUGCCCUACCCAGCCACAUGCUGUCAGAGGAAAGUGGUGCCAGUAUCAGCCUUCUGCCUGCCUUGCCCUUGGCUGCUCCAGACCCAGCGCAGAAGGACAGCUCCCAGCCCCCGUCAGCCAUCUGUUCAGCCCAUGGCCCUCUGCCCCCCAGUUCCCCACACCCCAGCCAUGUACCCAACUCCCCACCCCUGAGCUGCACCCCAAGUUUGUCAUCCCUUGGCCAUGUCCCCAGUCUACACCAGGCCCCUGUAACCAUGGCCCAGAGACCUAGUCUGGAGUUCAAGGAGCGAGGGUUACCCCCUAAGACCUGGCAGCACUCUCCAAGGACAAGAACCACCAAGGAAGCCCUGGAGUCCAGCCCUGUCUGGGACCCCGCAAAGAGGCAUCGUGAUGGUUCUGCCUUCCAAUAUGAGUACGAGCCACCCUGCUCCUCCCUGUGUGCCCAGGUCCAAGCUGCUAGGCUCCCUCCCCAGCUUGUGGCCUGGGCCUUGCACUUUCUGAUGGAGCCACAGCCGGAGGCUGAACUAACCCAGGUGUGAGAGGUCAUGUGAGCACGUGGGAGGAUGCGUGCACAGGUCCGUGCCUGGGGGUGGAUAAACGGCUUCACACCAGCUUCCUUUACGUUUUUUAAUAAAAUAAUCUCAUGCGGCAGGAAGGGAGAAGAAGGUCAGGGGUUGGGGCCGCCGCCUCUUUGGUCUGUGGCUGGGGAUGGUGGGCUCUGCUCAGGGCCCGAGGACUCUGUAGACUGUGGGGGUAGAGGCUCGGCUCCGAGGCCAGAUCCUGCAUAGGGAGAGGGAGAGAGAGGAAGGGUCAGGACUGGACUGAGCAGUCCUGCCGCCCACCCAACUGGCUCCAGCCCCCUUUACCUAUGCUUGGAGAUGGAGGUGCCUCAAGCUUUGGCCUGCGCUUGAGAACAGGGGAGCGCUGCAGCCGCAGGGGCCGUUCUGAGGGAUACAGAAAGACUUGGUGAGGGUUGCUAAGGGCUUGCUUCCUGUCCUCGACCCCCACUCACACUUGCCUUCAGAGCCUCCCCCUUCCCCGGCAUCCUCCCACCCCUGGCAGAGGUUCCUCCUGUGGAGGUAGAGUCAGGGCUAGUAGGAAGGGCUUCUCAGACCCUUGCUCCUGGCCUCUGGCUCCCUGAUUUCUCAACCCCUCAUGCCACUGGUGGCCCCCUCCGAGGACCAGAGCCUCGAAGGGAGCCCACCCUCCCCCCCCAUCUCAUCCUGUACUCAAGCACACAUGGAGGUGUC